GCUCUCUCUCUCUCUCUCUCUCUCUCCACACUCUGAAAGUUGCUCUCGCCGUCAAAUGUCAGCAACUGCGGAUCCCGCGAAGGUCAACGAAACAUCUAAGCAUCCAGUCAAGAUCGGUGAUCGAAUAACUAGUGAUGUUGUUGUCAGACUGAGAACUGAUGAAGGUGGAGACCAUUGGUUCUAUUGUCACUCUGAAAUCCUAACAAAAAAAAGCAAGUACUUUGCUGAUCGCCUCUCAGAUAACUGGCCCACUUGCCAAAUCCUCGACUCCCGCUACUGUGUUGAAGUCUACUGCAAAGAACCGGAUCUCAAUUUUCAUGUAUCUAUACUUCGCCUUUUUUACACACCAGAGCCCCAUUCAUGGCACAAUGUCAGAAAUGCCCUCGGCAUCCUCCAAGUUGCCAUCCAUUUAGGCUGCCCUCAGAUGUCUCAUGCUUGUGUUGAAUACUUGGAAGCUGUUCCUUGGGAAGAAGCUGAUGAAGAAGAAAUUUUACGCAUAGUUCCAGGUCUUGGACCUGAGUAUGAACAAAUUCUUGCACGAUUACAGCCUGUUGAUCAAAGUGCUGUUGUUGGAAUUUUCAUCUCAGCCAUCCAAUUUGCCACUUCGUCACCCCCAACUUCGAUGAAGGAGCUGAAGUCCUCUGCUCAGGAGCAGCUUGAGUAUAUGCUUACUGAAGAUGAUGAUGCACCACUUUUAACUUCGGAUAAUGAGGUUAUAAAAUGCGAAGUGAGGAGAUGUGUUAAAGAUUUACUAUCAAGAUUCAAUAUUCAAGUAGAAACAUUAGUAGAUGCAUCACACGAUAGAGUGCAACACUUGAGGUCUCUUUUAUGUGAUAUCUCGUGGGUUAGUCAGAUUCUGAACAAGAUGGAGAUGAUUAAGGAUUUGGUACAUUAUUGGGUUGAUGCAUCAAUCAUAAUAGUGAGUACAGUUGAGAAACUACAUUCUGACGGUGAAAUGCUCGAGACCAAAUUGAAAAUCACCGAAGUUGCUUCAAAGGUCUUGGAGGCCAUCGGAUUAGGAAAUGUGAUACUCCCAACAGUAAAGAGACUUCACAUGAUAAGAGUUUGGCUGCCGUAUGUUCAAAAACUGAGGCCUUUGGUAGAGCGAAGAAAUGUAGAUGAUGAUGAUGAGGAAGUUUCAUCAGUUAGGAUGGAAAAUGAUAUAUGGCAAGGAUUGGAGUCUGCUUUCGUUUCGAUUAUACUUACGCUGCCAUCAAGCGAGCAAGCAGAUAUACUAGCCGAGUGGUUGAGAAGUCAGCACGUUCAGUAUCCAGACUUGACCGAGGCUUUUGAGGUUUGGUGUUAUAGGUCAAAAGUAGCAAAGAGGAGAAUUGCAACAGUAGAUGAGAUGAGCAAUGUGAAGAGCUCAUAGAAUUUGUACUGUAAGGUGAUUGUGUGGGUCCUACCAUUCUCCAUGUUUUAAGGUAGAGGGAAUGAGAGGAUAUGAUGUAAAUGUGUUGUUUAGUUGUUCAGUUCUUAGUAAAUUAGUAAAUUGAUUCGCUAAUUUGCUUUAAAUAUAAGACAACAAUCAUUGUAGCAGCUCCGUUGCUUCCUGAAAAAGGCUCAUCCUGUGCUCUGUUUUAUCUCAUAGCACGCUGGGUAUGUAUUUCUGUAUCGGAAUUUUUUUCAUAUGAAGAACAUGAAUAUUGUUU